AUGUCUCAAAACUUUGAUAUGAUCAAUUUGUUACCAAUCUCUUUGCUUAUCAUUAUCAUUUCACUACUUCCAUUCAAGGAAGCUGCAAGGACAUCCAUCCUUGCCAAAAAUUGGAUGCACUUGUGGAAAAGCACAACCAAUGUAGAGUUCAAUGAACACCAUUUCUCUAGAUCUAACGAAUUUCAAAGAAAUGAUUUUCUAAAAUUCAUUACAUUAUGGAUCGAAAAUCACCACCAAAAUUGUGAUGAGGAAUAUGACGAACCUGAAGCCUUAUUUGAAUUGCCAACAAAGGUAUAUGAGCAUAAAGCCCUAGAAUCUAUUAAAUUAUUUUCUUGUGGUUUUGUAGCAACUAAGUUGAUCAAGUUGCAUAGUCUAAAAGAAGUUUCUUUUGGAUGGAUGGAAUUGAAAAAUGAAGCUAUCAAAAUUUUGUUAUGUAAUUGUAAGAAGAUAGAGAGUUUGAGCAUAAAAAAUUGUUGGAUGAGUACUAACUUUGAAUGUGGUGGAAGUGACUUGAGUUUGAAAACCCUAAUAAUUGAUAGUUGCAAGUUUUAUUAUCCUCGACUUACAAUCAAUGCUCCAAAUCUUAGUUACUUCAAAUAUUAUGGGAAUGUGGCCUAUUUUAAAAUACAAAAUUCCUUACACAUGAAUGAGGUUGAUAUCAAUUUUGGCCUUGAAUACCAAUAUCCUAAAGUAGAUGAGUUUAUUCACAAAGUCAUUACAGAUUUCAAGCACGUUAAGGUUCUUACUGUGUGCAGUUUCAUACUUCAGGUUUUAUCUAAUGCACUGGGACCUCUACUUGUAGAAGACAAAUUGAAUACCAGACAUUUGAAAUUAAUGACAAGCUUGCAUAACAAUGAAUAUCUUGGAGUCUUGUUCUUGCUCAAUGGUUGCCCCAUGUUGGAGCUCCUAACCUUUGACUUAGGAUUUGGAAGAUUCUUGGAUGCUCCAAAUGAAUAUUACUCGUCAGAAUCUAAAGUAGAAGUAGAAGAUGAAUAUUCAUCAGAUGAUGAUGAUGAUGAUGAUGAUGAUGAUGAUGAUGAAUAUUCAUCAUAUGUUGGUGAUGAAAAUCAGAUAGGCUUCAUAGAUUAUAAAAACAUUUGUCAAUGCUUGAAGUCAUCUUUGAAGGUGGUGGAGAUCAAUAACUUUACUGGGGCUAAGAAUCAGAUUUUAAUGCUCAAAUUUCUCAUCUACAAUGGGAGUCUCAUACAAAGGAUUACUAUCAAUGUGUCAAAGGAAGAAGUUGUUAAUGUUGAAAAUUAUCACAAGAUAAAAGAGUGUGUGAUGACUAUUCGUCCAAGGGCUUCAACGGAUUUAGAGAUUUUUUUU